AUGUCUUCUUCGAAAACCGAGAUUAUUACAUAUCUAGCCACAGUGAGUUUAUUCCGCGAAAUCGAGCCGAAAUUCAUCCUAACAAUCGGCGGCAAGACCGAGGGUUUCGUUAAAAUUUUAUCCGAAAUAAUAUUAUACGGAGAAAGCUGCUUGAAUUCCACCACUACUACAGAAACCGUACCGGUACCCAAGAACCUCUACUUGGUUCCUUUAAAGGAAUACACUUACGAGAUCUGCAAAGCCAUCAUUUCCCAAAUAAAAUUGGCGGUGUUGGAAGAUGAGUUAUCGGAAACGAAACAGGAGGUUUACAUUCAUUCAUUCCUCGAUUUUGACAACAGGCUAUCGCUCCAAGCCAUCGGAACGCUGGUCAAGUUCCUCGAGAAAAAUUGGUCUUUAUUCGACAUAAGCGAGAAGAAAGAUUUGUGCUACAUACACAUCAAUCAGAUAUCGAGGAAAAAUCAUUUGUUGAUAGACAACGGUACGUUUAAAGCCCUGCAAAUAUUCUCGAAAAGAGGUCAUGAAGCUGGGUUCAAAAGAGGCGCGCAAUCUAGCGAAAGAGAAGGCUUGAGCAUCUUUAAAUUGUUUUCCAUGAAUUGCAAGUCUAAGCUAGGUUUAACCACUUUGAAGAACAUUCUGUUAAACCCUUUGAAUAACGUCGACAUCCUCAACAAACGCCUCGAUUUUAUCGACUUUGUGUUGAAUCCUAGCAAUAGAGAAUUUGUGGAAAGUUUGAGAGACAAUUUGAAGGGUAUCGCCGGUGAUAUAAACGUAAUUUUGACAAGAAUAGAGAACUCCCGAGCGAAACUUAGAGAUUGGCACGUCCUGUAUAAGACUAUUACCCAUACGAUAUUUAUGAAAGACAUCAGUUCCCCAUACAUCGAGCACUGCUCGUUGCUCAUGGAUCUUCACGAGAAAGUCUCGCCUAAUUUACUGAGAUUAGAAGACUCCAUAACCAACGGUUUAGAUUUCGACGCCAGUAAGAAACACGGUAAACCUGUAAUCAAAUACGGACUGGAUAAUGAAUUGGAUAAAAAGAAAUUGAGGAGACAAGACAUCACAAAUGAUGUAAUGGCCGCGGCUAGAUUCGCAGCGGAUAAUCUGCCGGAUUUCCUGGACGAAUGUUCAGUGGUUUAUAUACCAGAAAUGGGACAUUUGCUCUCUAUAAAAGAGUGGGAAACGGAUUGUUCUCCCGAAGACUUGGAACAUUUGGGUUUCCAAUUCAUGUUCAAAAUCGGAGGGAGGAUUCACUACAAGAACGCCAUGUGCAUAGAAUUGAAUAAACGAUUAGGCGACACAAUUUUGGAAAUAAUAGACCACGAAAACAGGAUUAUGAGAAGGCUAUCGGGAUUUAUAAUAAAAUAUAACAAAGAUAUAAGAGAACCAUUGAAAGUAGUAGGAUUAAUCGAUUGUUUAAUAUCAAUGGCUAUGAGUGCCAUGAUAAAACUAUACAAACGACCGAAAUUGAACAGGGAAAAUUACUUCGAACUCAAAGAUUGCCGGCACCCUUUAAUGGAAGAAAUGAUAGAGCAAUUCCAAACCAACGACUUCUAUUCGGGCGGGGCUCACAGUCGAAUGAAAAUCAUCACGGGGCCGAACAGCAGCGGAAAGAGCGUCUAUUUGAAGCAAAUUUUAUUAAUCAUUUACAUGGGACACGUGGGUUCGUUCGUGCCUUGUUUCAGCGCCGAUAUAAACCUAUUGGACACCAUGUACACGAGAUUACAAGCAACAGAAAGCGCCGCUGUUCGAUUAUCCUCGUUCAUGAUAGACUUGACCCAGGUUGAAUUAAAUAUGGCUCAUGCUCUGACUGACAACAAUGCGUCUUCUUUAGUGUUCCUGGACGAAUUUGCUAAGGGAACGACCGAGGCCGAAGGGAUCAGUCUGCUCGAAGGGGCGCUGAAGCAUUUUCUGGAUAGAGGACCGAAUUGUCCGCACGUUAUAAACGUAACGCAUUUUCAAAAUAUCCACCUAUACUUGCCCGAAUCUCCUUCGAUACAGUACCAGAAAAUGGAGCAUACAAACGAAAAUGGCGUGCUGUAUUUUCUGUACAAACUCACCGAGGGCAUCUCCAAGAGUUUUGCCAUUGACGUCGCCGAAGCUUUGGGCUUGGACAAGGACGUGAUCGAAAGGGCUCGGAGUAUUUUCGAGUGCAUAGCAAACGAAACGUCCAUCUCGCCUUUGGAUAAGGUGACUAGGAAAAAUAACUUUGAUCCCCACAACCUGGAAAUUAUAAAUGUAUGCGUCGAUAAUGUUGAUGUAGAUGUUAAUAUUUCUAAAACGGGGUUGAAUAAAACCGGCGUUUGUCUAGAAGAAGGCGAAUCUCAAGUUACUGCGAUCGAAUCUAUACAAGAAUCGACAAGUUCUUUUUAA